AAAGAAAAGAAAGUAUAUUGGAUCUCAUACCCGUCGUCGUUUCUACUGAAGCAACAUUUCACCACAAAGAAGGUUUCAGAUAAGUUUAAUUUUACCUUUUAUCUCCUCUCCCUCUUCUUUCAAGAAUAAAGCAGAACAGCUUUGUCAUCAAACGAAGUAAUGUCGGGUGCAUCGCCAAGGGGAAACUUUUCCUUAGACAAUUGCUGUACGUACAACACGUCGAUAAAGAAUUGGACACGGCCAGUACAAUAUCCGAGCAAUCCCUUCGAGAAUGUUUUCUAGGACACACCAAGAUAUUUUCCGACCCAAAUUUUUCAGAUUACUUGAAGAAUCCUAGACGAUCCUACAGCAAAUGUCGGCAUUCUGAAAUCAUCUUUAGAAGAUAAAAUCAGCCAUGUCCAGGUUUACUCCAAUCCUCUCCCGGCAAUCCCUCUUGAAUCGAACGUCACGAUUCACGCUUUUGUCGUUUUCGAAACGUGGAUCCGAACGCCUUUUUCAGAAACGACGUGGUGGUCCCUUGAGAAGAACGGGCAGUACAUUGUUCUGCAGCAGUCGCCAAUCGAAGAUGACGUCACCAAGAAAAUAUACGACCAUGAAAAGAAGAUGUGUGUUAAAAGACUCGAACCGGUGAAGAAGCAGAAAAGGGCUAUGGGCAAUUUAGAUUUCUUACAAAAUUUAUUGCAAACCAUUUGGGAAACCAAUCAGCUUAAUAAUGACUAUCAUCUUCUGUUUGCGAAUUGUCAAAAUUUUGCAUCUUUUGUAUUCGAAAAAUCAAACUACGGAGGGAAAAAGUGGUCGACGGUGACUAGUGCUAUCGUCGACCGAUUUGGAUUGAGAAGAACGAAAACCAAUUCCAUCAGCCCAGCGGAAUUAGUUAAAUACAACUGGAUUGAAAAAGACGCAAAAUUUAUUUAUUACAAAGCUAUGAUUGAAGGAAGGAGACAGGACUUUGAAGACCUUGCCGGAAACCUGACAAGCGAAUCGUUAAAUAGUGUCGACUCCAAAGGCUACACGUUACUGGAAUAGGCCACCGUUUUCUCCACGUCCGAUUAGCCAAUCGAUCAGUUUUUAAUGGAAAAAGGCGCCGAAAUUCAAACAGACGAAAGAUUGUUUCGCCGGAAUGUGUUUUUCAUAGCCCUGCAAUACCUGCCUUCUUCAAACAAAUCUCGGUUCUUGUCAUUAGACGGGAUUGAUAUUCACGGCGUGAAUCAAACGGGCGACACGGCAUUGCAUUUGACUUUGUACGGGGAAAAAUGGAACCUUGCCGAAAAGAUUCUCAAAGAAUUUCCAGAUUACGACGUCAACAAUCCAUCAAUUCCUUGGGGGAUACACCGCUUCAUCUAGCUGCUAAACUUCAGUGUGAAAUGGUCUUGACAAAAAAGAUUUUAGUUCAAACGAAUUCGGAAAACGUCAACUAACCUGACCAACAUGGACAGACUGCUCUGCAUAUCGCAAUUAUUAACGAGUCCACAACUUUUGUAGAGGAAGUGCUCAAGCGAAAGGACAUGGAUGUCAAUCUCAAAAAUAACAAAAACCAAACGGCAUUACAUUUCGCUAUUUUAUGGAAAAAUAUGCAAAUUGAUUUGUUCAGAAUUAUCCUUGAAAAAACAACAGAUGUGAACGCACAAGCCCAAAAUGGACACACUGCUCUUCACUUAGCAAUCGUGUACAAGUCCACAACUGCGGUCAAGGAACUUGUAAAACGAAAGGACGUGGACGUGAACGUAAAAAAUUCUGACAAUCUUACAGCACUCCAUUUGUCUACUUUAUGGAAGGAUAUUCCAAAUAAUUUGUUCAGAAUAAUUCUGGAAAAAACAUCCGAUAUUAACGCACAAGACAAGAAUGGACACACUGCUCUUCACAUUAACAUUUGGAACAAGUCCGAAACUGCGGUCAAAGAACUACUCAAGCACAAGGACGUGGAUAUCAAUGUCAAAAAUAACGACAACCACACGCCACUCUAUUUAGCUUCUGGGUGGAAUAAUAUUCCAAUUGAUUUGUUCAAGAAAAUUCUAGAAAAAUCAGCCGAUAUUAAUGCACAGGAUGAAGAAGGACUUUCCGCUCUUCACUGGGCAAUUCAAUGCAAGUCCAAAACUGCGGUCAAGGAACUGCUCAAACACAAGGACGUGGACGUGAACGUAAAAGAUAAUUAUAACAACACGGCACUACAUUUCAUAGUUUGUAAUUGGAAUAAUAUUCCAAAUAAUUUGUUCAAGCAAAUUCUAGAAAAAACAACAAACAUUAACGCAAACAACAUUUUGGGACGCACCGCUCUUGACUGGUUAAUUGAGGAGGAGUCCAUCACAACUGCGAUAACGGAACUGCUCAAACGCGAGGACGUGGACGUGAAUAUCCGAAAUAUUUACAACCUGACGACCUUACACUGGGUUACUAUAAGGAAGGAUUUUCCAAUUGAUUUGUUCAAGAAAGUUCUAGAAAAAUCAGCCGAUGUAAAUGCACAAGACGAUAAUGAAUGCACUGCUCUUCACUUGGCAAUCAUGCACAAGUCCACGAGUGCGAUAAAGGAACUGCUCAAACACAAGGACGUGGACGUCAGUUUAAAAUAUAACAACGACCAAACGGCACUUCAUUUGGCUACUAUGUGGGAGGAUAUGCCAGUUGAUUUGUUCACAAUAAUCCAAGGAAAAUCAACCAAUGUUGACGCACAAAAUGAAGAUAGAGAAACUGCUCUUCAUCGCGCAAUUAUGUGCGAGUUGGAAACUGAGAUAACAGAAUCGCCCAAACAAGAGGAGUUGGACGUAAGCGACAACCAGACAGCACAACAUUUCGUUUCAGUACGAAAGGGUAAUCCAAUUAAAUUAGAAAAAGACGGAGAGACUGCUCUUCAUAUCGCAAUUACUAUCGAGUCUGAAUUUAUGGUAUGGGAACUACUCAGUCGAGAUCUCAUGGACGUUAACGCCAAAAAUAACAAAAACCAAACGGCACUACAUUUUGCUAUUUUAUGGAAAAAUAUGCCAAUCGAGUUGUUCAGAAUUAUCCUUGAAAAAUCAGAUGACGUUAACGGGCAAGACGAAGAUGGACACACUGCUCUUCAUUAUGCAAUUCUCAACCAGUCCACAACUGCGGUAGAGGAACUUCUCAAACGAACGGACGUGGACGUCAACGUCAAAGAUAUAUACAACCAAACUGCACUACAUUUGGCUUGUCGUUGGGUGGAUAUGCCAAUCGAUUUGUUCAGAAUAAUCCUAGAAAACUCAGAUGAUGUUAACGGGCAAGACGAAGAUGGACACACUGCUCUCCACUGGGCAAUGGGAGAGAAAUUUGAAACUGCGGUGGAGGAACUGCUCAAAGGAAAGGACGUGGACGUGAACAUCAAAGACAACUGCGACUACUCAGCACUCGAUUUAUUGUCUGCGUGGGAGGAUAUUCCAGAUCAUUUUUUCAACAUCUUUGCAGGUAAAGCAACUGCUGAUGCCCAAGCACAAAACGAAGCCACAUAAAACUCCCUUUAUAAAGAAAAUAAUAUGUAAUAACUUUUGUAAAUGAGAGCAAAGAUGAGCAUUGCAUUUACUUUUCCCCUUUUCUCCUAUUUCACACUGCACACAUAGCAUCAAUCUAAUUUAUUUUAAAACUUGUCGUUAUCAGCUCAUUGUUGAAAAAAAGUGUAACUGUCGAUUAAAUACACACGAAUUUCAAUCAA